UGUCAUGUUGAAUGUGGGGUUAGUCUAUUAUAUGCCUCCCACGGGCUCGAUGUUAUGAUGCCGGCGGAAGAACCCCCGGUCCUUCGAAGACCAAGGAUUUACAGUUUGAAUCUGACAGGAUUUUAACGAGUGUGGGGGAUAUAUUGUUGAAAUUCUGGUGCCGCUCGCAGGGUGUCGGUGUACAUGUCGAGGGUAGAGGAUUAUACGGGAGUGUAACACCGGCUUGCGUGUGUGUGUGUGAACAUAUAGGCCGUGGUUAAGGAAGAAACGCCGUUCGGGUUGGAGAUACCUUGUUGGCCUAUACACUUAGGUUAUGUCGGCCUGUUUUCGUCAAGGCCGAGGUCUAUCCUAAAGGUAGAAACAGGCUUGGCUGGUGUGAAUGUGUUCUCGUACAACGUUGUGACUUGUGGUGUGGCGGUGGUGUGAAGCUCGCAGCCACCAGGGUUUGAUCAGUAGGUAGCCUUGUGGAGACUCAACAGAGCGGCCGGACGGUGCCAUGGGGUGUUGGGGAACGAGCCGUGAGGACGAAGAUGAUAAGGCGAAAAAAGAGGCAAAUAAGAAGAUCGAAAAACAGUUGCAAAAAGACAAACAAUUGUACAGAGCAACUCAUAGGUUGUUACUAUUGGGGGCCGGAGAGUCGGGCAAGUCGACGAUUGUUAAACAGAUGAGAAUAUUACACGUCAAUGGCUUCGGUCCUGAUGAAAAAAGACAGAAAAUAGAUGAUAUCAAAAAGAAUAUUAGAGAUGCAAUUCUGACAAUUACGGGUGCGAUGAGCACGUUGAAUCCCCCGAUCCAACUGGAAAACCCUGACCACCAGUUCAGAGUAGACUACAUACAGGAUGUGGCCAGCCAGCCGGACUUUGAUUACCCCCCAGAGUUCUACGAGCACACGGAGAUUCUGUGGAGAGAUCAAGGGGUCCAGUCCUGUCAUGAGAGAUCCAAUGAAUAUCAGCUCAUUGACUGUGCACAGUACUUUUUGGACAGAGUGCAUUUAGUGAAACAACCAGAAUACACUCCCACUGAACAGGAUAUAUUGCGAUGUCGGGUUUUAACAUCAGGGAUAUUUGAAACAAAGUUUACUGUUGAUAAAGUAAAUUUUCAUAUGUUUGACGUGGGAGGGCAGAGAGAUGAGAGAAGGAAGUGGAUCCAGUGCUUCAACGAUGUCACGGCCAUCAUCUUCGUCACAGCAUGUAGCAGCUACAACCUUGUACUGAGGGAGGAUCCCAGCCAAAACAGACUCCGUGAAUCCCUGGAACUUUUCAAAAGUAUCUGGAACAAUAGAUGGCUGCGAACAAUCUCAGUGAUUUUAUUCCUUAACAAGCAGGAUUUAUUGGCAGAGAAGAUCAAGGCAGGCAAAUCAAAAAUUGAGGAGUACUUCCCAGAUUUUAUCCACUACCAAACUCCUGGUGACGCUAUGGUGGAGCCUGGUGAUGAUGUUGAAGUGGUACGGGCCAAAUACUUUAUCCGAGAUGAAUUUCUGCGAAUAAGUACUGCAAGUCCAGAUGACCGGCACUACUGCUACCCUCAUUUCACAUGUGCGGUGGACACAGAAAACAUCCGGAGGGUAUUCAACGAUUGUCGAGACAUUAUCCAAAGGAUGCAUCUGCGCCAAUAUGAGUUACUGUGAUCGUGUCAGGAGAGCAUGUGCACGAGCGAGCAGGACGCAUUGCUACGUGUAACUUAUGCUGUGUACAUGUGUAUCUUAACAAAUUGCAAGCAGCCAAUCAUCAGCCUCGUCGUUGACAUGGGGCUCUUGGUUUUCUGGCUGUGUAUGUAACAAGUGCUCUGAUUGGACAAACCCCUGAACGGGCAGUUCUGAUGAGUAUAAGGGAUUACGGCUGUAGAAGACGAUUUUUAUGGUUUUAAAAAAAAAGAGUUGAAGCAUAUGUGAACAUAUUGUCAGAUGCGAAUUAAUUUUAAUGAGGGACUAAUAAUCUUUGGUGAAACGGGCCCAUAUCAUGCAACCAGAAAUGUUUGUCUUACGGAGGACAGCACCAUCUAGUGGGGCAGAAAGGUACACAGUGGAGCUGUGGAGAGCUGCACCCGCCUGUAUCCCCGGCAGACUUUGCAGAGCCAACAGGAGGCAUACUGAUGUCUGUGUUACACGGUGUCUGAGCUCUUUGAACAUAUCACUUCUUCAGCUAUGGUGUGUACAGGGCAACCUCCUCACAUUGACUGCCUAUAAAACAAGACCGGGUUCCUGGGCCAUUCAUAGCGUAUCCACCUGACAGGGCCCAUGUCAAAUGUGGUCGUGGCUUUUCUGUUUUAACAUUUCAAUGAAAACUGGCUGGUCAGUUUUUGUGCACGGAAAGAAAACUCUGGAGACUAAAUUUUGAUGCAGUUGCAUUUGGAAGAUCCCCUGUACAUAUAGAGAGGGGUGAUGAGCUGAGUUAAUCUCAGCCAUCCGACGGUGGGUAAAGCCUGUGUCCAAACUCUGCUGGAUGCUAACAAAGUGUACAUUAUUUCUAACAAUGAAACCACAUUCAAGCCCACGAUCAUUGACCAGCUCUCACUGCAAAUCUGGGGCGCCCCCUCAUUCGUUGUCACGGAUACGGGGUUAGAUGUCCUGGAUGCUGUCUUGGUACUGCGUUACAUCGCCUAAUACCCCAGUUACUAUGCCUGUCGAACUUAUGGACUAGUGUAAGAAAGAGCGUCAUGUCUUUUUAUUUAAACACCAUUUUCUGUGUCUUUGAUGUGAGUCUGAUAAUCCCAGUCAGUCUUCAUGAUUUUAUUUUGCUGUAUGUUUGUAAAAAGUGUACAUUACAGUAGACCUAUAGAUAUGGCUUAACUUCACAGUAAACCUACCCUACAUGUUUGGUUCCUGGCCAGUCUACCAUGUCCUCAGUUGUGUCUAGUUUUUGGUGGACUGCCAUGUGUUUGAUAUCGUGACCUGCUUCACCCCCUCCCCUCAGCCUCUCUAGCCUCCAGAUCUGCUCAUGUGACCUGCACAUCUCAGCCAGGUUCUACACUUAAUGGGUAAUUUGGAUAGUUGAAGCUUUGUCAGGUUAUAGUUAGCCUAGUUUUUGCCUGCUUCUGUCCACAGCUGCAUGGGUUAAAGUCAAGCAAUAUCUGUGGUAAACCAUCAGAAAGAAAAUUACAGAUACAACACCCACCUUCCCCUUUCUCUUUUCAGACCCCUAGCCUGUGUCUUAUUUUUUUCCUUUCUGCCAUGAUCUGUCAUGCCAAAGUGAACCGGUGAAUGGUCUGCUAUUUUGUUAAAAUUUGUUAAAAUAUUAGACGUAUUCUGAUUGGUGAGUUUGAAUGAGUUCUACCCUAAUUGUCAUGAAUGACGAUUACAUUUUGCUCAUACUAAGUGACAUGUUGUUUUCACACUGUACAGAUAGACAAGGGGAGGUAACUUUGUAUAGACUGUUGUGAAGCUGAUUGUGUUUUGACCACUCUGUGACUGGUGGAGAUUUUAACUGGCUGUUUAGCUCUGUUGACAGUACUAACUACAUGUACUUCAGGCUCCCAAAGUAGCUGAGCUUGCCUUAAUGUGUAACAGUUACUACAAGAUUGAUUAGAUUUUACGCUGUAAAUUCUGUCACUGGUUUUCUUGUAAAAAAAAAAAGGAGGUAAAACUCCAGACCUUUUAAGCACUGACUUAGAUAACAUGGGUAUUACAUGUUUUGUGUUUUUUAUGUACACUCUUUUGUCACAGAAGGAUGUUUUGAGUGUGUAAGGUUAAGGUUUUCCCCUCCACUCUGCCUCCCUCUCCCUCUCUUAACGUGUGUGUAAGGACAGAUAGGGUUACUCUUCUAAAGCAAAUCAGCCACAUUAUACAUAUAUUUCACGCGGCUGUAUAUCUGCUUCUGAGACAUCUUUCAUUCAGGCAUUUGGGUAGUUUCCGCAGAGAUAAUUGAUGCUGUAUCUUGGAAGCUUUAAAUGCUACCCAUGGAACAGCCCUAAAUUUACCCUGACCCCCCCCCCCCCCCAUAUUAUUCCCUUGUACAUGACUGGUAUGGAUUACUUCUCUCUACUACAUGUAACUUGCCCUUUGUUUGCAAUAAACACGAAGUUUGGGGGUAAAUGCAUUGGGGGGGGGGGGGGCAUUUUUAUCAGGAAAUUGGGAGAGGAUUUGGUGUGG